AUGGAUGCGCUGGUAAAUGAUGAAAUUAGUUCUUCUACACAUGAUUCAUCUAUUAUAUCUGAAACGUCCGGAAACGGAUCUCUUCCUAAUCACAUUCCAAUCUUAACUAUGAUAUUGUAUUCAUUUCCCCAGCUUCCUUUUAUAUGCAUGUCUACGACAAUAUUAGCAUAUAUUAUACCUCUGUAUGCUACUCAUUACAACUGGGGUAUAGGUAUUUAUUAUUUUUAUCUAGAUCAAAUUGGUACAUUAGUAUUUCUAAUGAGUAUUUCAAUGACAAUAACCCAGCCACUUAUUGGAUUGAUUUUAGGAUCUUCUGAUGGCAAUUUAAACAUUAAAAAAUUUAAAAUAUCAUUCAUAUUCGGUUCAUUUAUAUUUGGUGUUGGAUUCGUUCUUAUCGUAUACCUUCCAUCAAUUUUAUCUAAAGUUAUGCAACCAUUUAUGUACAGUAUAUCAUUAGUCACAGGCAUCGGAUGGGCUUUGUAUGAAGUUUCAUUUGCUUCUAUUGGAGCAAAUUUAUCUACAAACUACGAUGUUCGCAUUGAACUUCAAACAUGGGCAACUAUUUUUUAUACGCUAGGAACUAUUAUUGCUCACUCAGGACAUGCUUUGUUUGGUUUAUUUUUGGACAGUUUAGAUGGCAUACGUUAUCGUAAUUACAUUUUAGCGCCCAUAUUCUUUAUAAUCCUCACGAUCUCAUUGUGUUUAUUCCAGAUUUAUAUGAAUGACACAAAUUCAGAAUGCGAUAAUAUUAUUAAAAAUGAUAUUUAUAAAUCUUCUAUUGAAUAUGAAUAUUUAAAAAUGCCAUUGAAAAAAUAUAUUUUUAUUAAAUUAGAACGGAGUUAUGAUUUUUUGAAGAAAUAUCUAAAGCUUAUUUCAAAUAGAUAUGCUAUUGCGUUGACACUAAUGGAUACGUCGAAUUCUAUUUUUUUAUCUAUCGGAGCUUACGCAAUAUGUUUCGCUACUAGACAUAUCGUGGAAAUGCCUAACAUUGAAGCGUUUUCUCCCUUGAUAGCUGUAGUAUCUAUGAUAUUGAUCCUCCCUUUUUGGUUUAAAUAUAGAAUUAAAUUUAAUCCGGAGAAGAGAACGUCAUGUUUUUUUUCUAUGUUAGUUCAAACAAUCUGUGUCAUAUUGCUAUUCUUUACAGUUAAAGCAAAAAAUUUGACUUUGUUAAUCACACUCCUCAUUAUUUAUGGAUUUUCAAAUGGAAUAUUUCACACAACUUUGCAGUCUAUGAAUGGCGAUGUUAUUGAUUAUGUCCAUUCAUUGAAUGAUAAAAGGCACGAAGGGGUGUUAUUUGGCUUCAUCUUUUUCAUUAAAAAUGGAAUUACUGCUAUAGUAUUAAAAUUAUUAUAUUAUUUAUUAGGAAAGUAUGGUUACACUGGAAUAGAAAAAAAAUUAGAUGCUAAUGUAUUGUUUUAUGUAAAAGUCAUUUAUGGCACAAUAUUUGUUUUGCAACAUUCCCUUGUCUAUAUUGCCCUUGUAUUCUACAAUAUUGAUCGUGAAUUUCACAAACGGAUAAUCUUUGAUAUUGUGGAAAAUAGGAAUAAAGAUUUAGAUUGCUAA